AAGUGGCUGCUUGCCAUGCUCUCUCAGCUGCACAAGAAAAUCACCUUCUCAGGCUUUUCGAUGGACAGCGAGCCCCCAGGACUUCUCAACCGCGGCCAGAACCUGUGUUUCGCCAUCUCCUCACUGCAGUGCCUGUUCCGCACGCCCGAGAUGGGUUACCUACUGGAAGACUGGUUGAGCAACAGCAACCUCAUCUUGGGCACUAACGACGAGGCCUUUCUGUGCAGUUUCCUCAACCUGCUGCGCGAGUGCCUCAACAGGAGCCUCCAACAGUCCACGCAGGAGUGCUUCAUCAACCAGUGCAGACUCUUCAUGCCGCAGCUGGUCGCAGCGUCGGCCUGCCAACAGGAGCAACAGGACGCAGCAGAGUUCGUCAUGACGUUCCUCAAUGUGCUCCACAAAAUCCUCAACAGUCGCCGGUCGCGCAACAAGGCGCACGCUGACGCGAGCUCCUCCAACGAACACAACUCCGAAUUCUUGCAGUUGUCCAUCUCGACGCUGACGAAGCGCAUGCUCGACUACAUCCUGCAGAUCGCCUACAAGGGCUGGGAGGUUUACGAACGGUGCAAUGAUUCACCCAUCGUGCACCUAUUCACGGGCCAGACGGUCGACGUCCACCAGUGUACCACGUGCCUUAAGACCAGCGUCCGGACACAAGUCUUCAAUGUGCUGCCCAUCACGAUCGUGCAAGCUCCCAGGAUCGGGAACUGCGUCCGCCUGUACGAUCUGCUCAGGUGCUUCAGCGAGGCCGAGCGGAUGGACAGCCGGAACUCGCGCGGCGAUCUGGAGCUCCAGGCGGGGCCGAUCUGCAACAUCGUGUCGCACACCAGCUGGCUUCACCGGACGCUCCUUUCGCAGACGCCCAGCUCGGUUGUGCUCCAGCUCCUGCGGUUUCAGUACGACAACGCCACGGGCGAGGCCCACAAGAUUAAGGACCCGGUUCGUAUUCCCCUCUACAACAUGUGCCUGCCGAACGGAUCCGGCACGUGGCCCCAGUACAAGCUGUACGGGGUGGUGGUACACGUGGGAGUGAGGUCCACUCAGGACGGGCACUACAUCGCAUUCGCCGAGGAUCGCAUCAAGGAGCACUGGUACAAGUUCGACGACGAGCUCGUGUCUCAGGUGUUCGACAUGGAGGAAGAACUCGCCAAGCCGUUUAUUAUGGAGAAUGCCUAUUUACUUUUCUACAGGAAAACCUGA